GUGAAAAAAUGGAUACCGAUGAUCCAACGCAUAUACAAUGGUUAUAUGAUGUUGCACUCAAAAGGGCGAUGGAGUUUAAUAUUACGGGUGUCACCUAUUCGCUCACUCAGGGCGUUGUAAAAAAUAUUAUUCCGGCAAUUGCUUCAACAAAUGCUAUCAUUUCAGUUUGCGGAAAUCAAAGCGCAUUUUUGGAGGUUGAUAAAGACAUUACUGUUGAAGAUUUUAUCGAAUUUCUUAAAGAAAAACCUAACAU